AUGGACGACAUAGGGCAUACACUAAAUUUAUCACAAAAUAACACAAAAAAACGAAAGUGUAAAUUCCACCUGUUUUUCCCAGGUUAUACAAGUUAUAACGCGCGUUUUAUAAAACUAACUUUUCGUAUUAUUUUGCGUGUAACUAUUGUUUCUUCAGAUGAACUGACAGUGAAGAUGACUUCAAAACACUUUCUGCUUUUUCUCAUUGGUGUGAUGUCACAGGCAUACAUUACAACAGCAAAAUAUCAUUUGGAUCUCCUAUAUAAUGGAGGUUGUUCAAUUACUUUCACAAAUGAAUUGUAUGCAGUUAAAAAGACUGGCUCCUUUUACAAGCGUUCACCGCCAACUGAAGAGAGUGAAAGUUGGAUAAAAUGUGCAGAAAAAAUAGGCAAUAACGGUUGGGAUAGCUUCAAGUUCCUUUUUCUCGGACCAGAUGGUGACUUGUAUGCAGUUCGUAAAAAAAAUGGCGAGUUUUUGAAAGGUUCUCCACCUGAAAAUGCAGGUGACACCUGGAGUGCUCGUGCAACUAUAAUUGGCAAUAAUGGUUGGGCUGACUUCAAAUUUCUCUUUUUUGGUCCUGGCGGUGACUUGUAUGCAGUUCGUAAAAAAAAUGGCGAGUUUUUGAAAGGUUCUCCACCUAAAAAUGCAGGUGACAGUUGGAGCGCAACUAUAAUUGGCAAUAAUGGUUGGGCUGACUUCAAAUUUCUCUUUUUUGGUCCACAUUGCAACCUGUAUGCCGUGAAACAAGACGGCUCUAUCGUUACAACGUACGAACCAAAGGAUAAUUCUGACGCAUGGUUAGGCCGCGCAAAAAAAAUUGGUGCAAGAGGUUGGGAACAAUUCAAGUUCCUCUUUUUUGGUCCUGGUGGUUAUUUGUACGCAGUACCAUGUGAUGGUUCUUUACGAAAAGCCCCUCCUCCAACAAACGCAAAUGAGACCUGGGUUUCUCACUCAACUAAAAUUGGUGCUAAAGGAUGGGAAACUUUUGUUUUUCUGUUCUAAUUCUCUUUACUUAAUUCAGUAGCAACUGACAAUUUAUGAUUAUAUUAUGGUAAUUGUUCUCGACGUAAACAGUUUUGAAAUAUAAUGUCAUUAGCAACCCAUUUUGCUUUGGUUGCAUGCUAUUGCUUAUUAAACAUUUCUCAAAUUUUGUAA